AACAUCAUACAUGUCUUUUGUAGGAAUGAAGCAACUAAGGAGGGCCUCUUACAUGUUGCAAGUAGAUAUUCAUCUGUAACUGUAAGGACGACUCAACGUUGGUUAAUUUUAGAAUCAAUGUAUCCUAAACUUGAUGUGCACACUGGCUUCAACAGGUGUUGUUCCCUCUUUUUCUUCCAUGAUGAUGGUCAUAUGACUCCUCAAGUUUAUCAACUUUCUGCAACCCCUCAUUUCAGGAGAUUGAGAGUACUAGAUUUAGGUUCUCUCCACUUCAUUAACAGUAUCCCUUCAUAUGUUGGGGAUCUAUUUCUUUUGAGAUACCUAGCUCUGUGCGCAUCCAAGAUUCUUAGCAAAUUACCAGUGUUAAAGGAUUGGAAUUUACAAACUCUUUUGCUUUUAGGAAAAGGGGUUGGCAAUGGAUUUAUGCAUGAAAUUUGGGAUCGGUUGCGAAAGUUGAGACAUCUCCAAGUUAGCACAACAAUUGUGUUGGGUACUCCAACUGCGGUUCAUCAAUACAUACAGACACUUCAAUGGUUGCGCCCAUUCCAAUGUACAGAGCAGGUGUUUUUAAGGAUUCCGAAUGUAAAAGUGAUGGGAAUUUUCAUGGGGAAAUUUGGAGAGCCCAAUUGUUUGGAUAAUUUGAGGUAUUUACAUCAAGUUGAGGAACUAAAAAUUGAAAGCAGACACUUUUAUCCUGUUUUACUUCCAGUUGUGGAUGCUUUUCCAGUACACCUCAAAAAGUUGAAACUGAAGGGAACUUUGGUGCCAUGGGAUGCUAUGACUACAGUUAUUGGUAUGUUGCCUAACCUCCAGGUGCUUAAACUUAUAAAUGGAGCUUGCCAAGGACAACAUUGGGAACUAACUGGAGGUAGUUUUGGUCAGUUAAAAUCAUUGCUUAUUUACGGAUCAAAUUUGAGGCGCUGGGAAGCCACUGGUGAUAAUGAUUUCUCUGUCCUUGAGCGCCUAAUUCUUAAAGAAUGUUAUGAAUUGGAAGCAAUCCCUUCUAGUUUCAGAGAUAUACUCACUCUACAGUUGAUUGAGUUAUCUCAUUGUUAUUCUGGGCUUGUCAACUCUGCCAAACAAAUACAAGAAGAGCAAAGAGAUUACGGAAAUGAUGAACUUGUUGUUCGUGCCUACAAUAUUUGGAGAAUUGCUGAAGAGAAACUUGAAGAUGAACUUAAAGAUCAGAGUAACUAGAAGGAAGUGAAGGGGAUUUUGAGGAAUAAUGAUCUCAAAACUGUGGAUUCAUCACAGUCCUAAGUUUAUGUUGGCUUCUACCUCUUGAAUUCUUGUAGAGUUGGAAAGAAAUUUGUAGAGAAUAAGUGUAAUGGUUGGGAAAUUUCUACCCAUGCAUGCAUGUUUAGGUUGGCUGGUUGAAUUGCCGCAAA